UAGACUGUGUCUGCCAGAAUGAGACAUAUGAGAAGAAUGUUAACCAUGUGGAUAAGUAUGGCAGCUUUUGUGCUCCUCGUCCAAACAUCCCAGUGUUUGGCGUCAGAUGAUUCACCAUUCAUGCUCACUAACAAGGACACUGGUUUUUGUUUGAUGAAGAAACCAACCUGCCUCGAAGUGCGCUGGACAACUUCUGACCGGCUUUUCGUUCCCUCGAAGGCAAGAUGCGUGGGAGUCGGGGGAGAGAGUGAAGGGAGUGAAGUAAACCUCUUUGAAUGUGAUGAAAAAAGUGCGCUGCAAAAGUGGGAAUGCAAGAAUGAAACGAUGCUUGUCCUCAAAGACAAAGAGCUUUACAUAAACAUCAAAGCAGAAGACUCGGUGGUUAUCUCCAAAGAAACUGGGCCCAACAGCCAAAUCAUAAUAUCAGGGACAUCAAGAGGUGCUUGCUCAAGAACAUCCAGAGUACUUUACACCAUUGAAGGAAAUGCAAAUGGGAAGCCUUGUAUGUUUCCAUUCAACUACAAGGACAAGUGGUACAGUGACUGCACCACAGCUGACAUCUCAACCAAACGCGCCUGGUGUGGAGUUGAAACAAGAUAUGAUAACGAACUUUGGGGCUACUGCCCAACUACCUCCACAGAACACUGGAUGAAUAAUCCUGCAUCAGGAACAUUUUACCAGAUCAACACACAGUCAGCUCUGACUUGGCCUGAGGCUCAGACCAGCUGCAAACAGCAAAACGCUUCCCUGCUCAGUGUCACCGAUCCCAUUGAGAUGGCUUAUAUCUCAGGACUAGUAGCCUCAAAAGAUGCUAAACUUUGGAUUGGGCUGGUGGUGGACGAGGAACGUGGCUGGCACUGGGCCGAUGGAAAGCCCUUCCGUUAUCUGAGAUGGGACACCGGUCAUCCCCUUACUACUCCAGGACAAAUCUGUGCACUUCUUGAUUCGGGUGAACAAUUCUACUGGCAAAGUUCAUCCUGUUACAAAAAACUGGGGUACAUCUGCUACCAAGGAGGGAUGUUGCCACCUCCAGUUCAGGUUGAGACAGGUUUUUGUUCAGACCACUGGAUCCCCUACAAUGGCCACUGCUUCCAUCUUAACCGUGACAAGAAAACAUGGUCCCAAGCUCUCACUGAGUGCCGUAAAGAUGGAGGAGAACUGGCACGUGUCGACAAUGUGGAGGACAAAAGCUUUUUCAUCUCUCAAAUUGGAUAUGCACCAGCUACUGAUGAGCUGUGGAUUGGACUGAAUGACAAGAAGACAGAGGGGCUGUUUGACUGGAGUGACCACUCCACUGUCACCUUCACCAGCUGGGAGUCUGGAGAGCCGACUGCCUCCGCUGACCAAGAGGACUGUGUUCUCAUGAAGGGAGAGAAUGCAAACUGGAGUGACCGUCGAUGUGAGGAGAAACAUGGCUUCAUUUGUAUGAAGAAGAGUGACUCCAAACCCUCUGGAGAUGAAACACCACAGGAUGAAGGCUGCAAACCUGGAUGGAAAAGGCAUGGGUCCUACUGUUACCUCAUCGGGUCUGAGACAAAGACAUUUGAUGAAGCUAAACAAGAUUGUGAGAGCUCAGCUUCUUAUUUGGCUGAUGUCUCAACUGGGGUGGACAAUGCAUACCUUGUCAGCUUGGUGGGACUGAGACCAGAGAAACACUUCUGGCUUGGGCUUUCAAACCAGAAAAACAUUGAUGAGUUUGUGUGGACAAACACAAAAUCAGUGAAAUUUACGCACUGGAAUGCUGAAAUGCCAGGGAACCAACAGGGCUGUGUUGCCAUGACAACUGGGGUUUUUGCUGGACUCUGGGAUGUGCUGCCCUGCACCAAUAAGGAGAAAUACAUCUGCAAGCAUCAGGCAGAGGGGACACAUCCAACCCCUGUCCCACCAACACCUGCCCCUCUCAAAUGCCCCGAUGGCUGGACUCGUUUGACUUCAAAAAAAUGCUUCAAGUUUUUUCACGAAUUGUCUCAGAAGACUUGGUAUGACGCCAAGAACUACUGCAAGACCAUUGGAGGAGAUCUGCUGAGCAUCCACAGUACUAGUGAGGAAGAAGCAGUUAGACGUGAGAUGAUCUCAAACAGGUACCGUGUAAACGCCUGGAUUGGCCUCAGUGACCCAAGCACCGGUUAUGUAUGGAGUGAUGGAUCCCCGCUAAAUUUCCAACACUGGCAGAGUGGAGAGCCAAACAAUUACAAUAAUGUGGAGUCAUGUGCUGAAAUCGUGUCAACAAGAUGGGAGCAACAGGGCUUUUGGAAUGACUUGCACUGUGAGAAAUACCUUGACUGGCUGUGCCAGAUCCGUGCAGGAAACACUCUAAAGCCUCCACCAAACGACACUGUUCCUGACUACAAUACCACUGCCGAUGGCUGGAUUGAGUGGAGAGGGAAUCAGUAUUAUAUUAAUGAGAACUUCAUGGCAAUGGAGGAUGCUCGUCACUUCUGUAUACAGAGACAUGGUGACCUGGCUGUCAUCAACAGUGAAGCUGAAAAUCUCUUUCUGUGGAAGCAGAUAUCCAGAUCAUAUGGAGAUUUUUACAUAGGUAUCUCAGUGGAUCUCGAUGGAACAUUUGGGUGGAUGGACAAAUCUUUAACUGUGUUUGAAAAGUGGGACCAAGAUGAACCAGAUUUCAAGAAUAAUGAUGAGAACUGUGGCGUCAUGACUUCCUCUCUGGGUUUUUGGAGAGAUUUGAAUUGUGGAAGGUCACACAAAUCCAUUUGUAAACGUAUUGGCUCACUGCAUCCCAACACCACAGCACCCCCCACAGCGCCCCCUGCAGGUGGCUGCCCACCUGGCUGGUCAAAAUUUGACACAAAGUGUUACCUAUUUGUUACUGACAAGAAGGACACGUGGUUUGGAGCAAGGAAACAAUGCCAAAGCAUGGGACAGAAAACAAAUUUAGUCUCCAUUCUUUCAAGUCGUGAGCAAGUGUAUUUGGUCACCCAAAUGGCUAAGGCAACUACUACUGACCUGUGGAUUGGUAUGAAUACUUUAAGAGAUGAUGGAUUUUACUGGACUGAUGGUCGUCCAAGGAAGUACAUAAACUUGUGGUUUAAUAGACGACAUUGGUGGUACCACAUGGAUGACAAGUGUUUUGCGAUGAACACUAAUCCUGACUUUGGGAUUGGGAAAUGGCUAAUGAGGUCUUGCAAUGACACUAAUGGAUUUGUGUGCUACCGGGACAUUGAUCCAGCUUUUCAGCAUGGAAGCCUAGAAGAAGAUCCUACCAAUUUUGUCAAGCUGGUUAAUGACACCAUCAAGAUUGUGACUCAAAAUCUGACCUGGGAUGAGGCCAGUGAAAACUGUAAAAAUGAAGCCGCCAAACUAGCUAAUUUGCGAACUGGCUGGAUACAGGCCUAUGUCCACCUACAGGCUUUAAAUGUCAAGGCUCCCCUGUGGAUUGGACUGAACAAAAACAAGACCGAUGGUUAUUUCAAGUACAUUGAUGGCUGGCGCUUGGAUUUCACCAACUGGUACCCAGGUGAACCAAGUCGGGACCGCUCUUGUGUGUAUGUGGAUGUGGAUGGAACAUGGAAAACAGCUUUCUGCAAUCAAACCAUGAACAGUGUUUGUAUGCAGUCUAAAGACAUGCCACCACAAGAGUCGAACGAGUACCCAGGAGAAUGCCCUGAAGACGUGGAUGGACGAUAUGGAGACCAGACUUAUACCUGGCGACCAUUUAAGAGUCAUUGUUAUGUAUUUAUCGCAGAUGAAAGUGAAUGGCAGGAUGCAUCUGUUAGCUGUAUAAGACAUGGUGGGAACUUAGCCAGCAUCGAGGAUACUGAGGAGCAAAAGUUCAUCCAAGACAGUUUAAAGACAUUUGAGGAAAGCCACAAUUCUUUCUGGAUUGGUCUGUACAAAACCCAUGCAGGGUCAUGGUUGUGGUUGGACCAAAACGUCUUGGACUACACUAACUGGGACAUACUAGAGCCUGAUGACGACUCUUAUGGAGAGAUUAUGUCCAGAAAUGGGAAAUGGAGGACAGGUGCCCGUUGGUAUGACAGGGCAUACAUCUGCAAAACAGCCAAAGUGAUAUCGACUACAGCAACAACAACAACAGUAGCUACACAUCCACUUGUGAAUCCCCGUCACCCUGCGCACAUCAGUUUGGUAGUUUUGCUGGUCAUUGCUAUCACUGCCGUGCUGGCAGGCGUCGCGUUCUACUUCUACAAGAAGUCUGGUCGUCCCUUACCGGCCUUUGACAACCCACUCUACAAGGACAGUGAGCGGUCCCAGCCUGACGUGGUGGACACCAGUAAACUGAUAGAGAAUGUAGAAGAAGAGAAUCCUGAGCCUAUUAUAACUCUGUGAUGUAAAAAGUAGCUGAACCUAAAGGGACAUAUAUCAUAUUUGUAGGGUGAGACGGCAAAUAUUUUGUUGUCUGCAAUGUCUGGCUGUAAGAGAUAAAAAUAAUUGUUCUUUAUUAAGAGUGGUUGUCAUUCAAAAUAAUGUGAAAUUUAUCAUAUUUUUUUAUAAUAAUAAAUAUAUCUGUGAUUGAAUAUCCAAACUUUUACUCAUUAU